CUCGUUAGUUGAGUUGUAAGGCCUGCCUGUCAACUACUCGCCUGCCUCUACUCUAGUUAGUUGUCCGUAGUCUAUAGGCUGGCUGUGUCGUACUUUCCAUUAACAAAUAAAGCAUGUGCCUCACGCAUCAACAGCAAAACUGACGAAAAGUGCCUGCGCGACAAAAUGUCUUCAUCAAACAAACCAUAUCAACCACCCCGAGUGCCUGGAUUAAGUGCGUAGACUGGAUAAACCAAUCAAAAAUCGGUCCGGCCAAAAUUACCCUAUCAGAAAUUGAGCGCGAUGCCGCCGCAUGCGUGCCGCCGAAGACACGUCUUGUGGCUGUCAUUAAUUGAGACAUAUCCAAUUAGCUAAGAAAUUGCUAGAUGACAGCGCCAGCGGCCGCGAGCCUCCGUUUUUGUGACAAUCUGUUGUGAAACGAUUAGUGAUGUGACUAGUGCGAUAUGCCCGAAAAAGAGGCGGAUUUCCAAGCCGCUAUGUCUGCAGGUCUUCCGUUACAGUUUCCGUCGGCUUUUGCGGCUUUCCACGCGCCUCUUCCCGUUGACCAGCGCACGCACGAAGGACGAUACGUUUGGGACCCCAGAAUGCAGCCUCCAGGAGCACCCUUCCACCAUCCGACGCCCCCAGGGGUAAGCGGAAGUCCUGGAAGUGGUCUCCAACUACUGGGACGGGAACUGCAUCCCGCUUAUCGUCUUCCUCCCCACAUGGAGUACCUCUAUUCACUGCAGCAUUCCACCGCCAACUCGAUACACGGACUGGGACUGUCUCCAGAAUAUCUCAGCGCUAGAGGGCUGUCAGAGCUUCAUCCAUCGUCGGCGUUGGCCAGCAGCGAAUUUCCCUUUAGCUUAGAUGGUUCACGACUGAACAGUCCCAGGCCUGGUAGCAUAAGACAAUCACGAAAAAGAGCUUUAUCCUCCUCCCCUUAUUCAGAUUCCUUCGAUAUCAAUUCCAUAAGAUACUCCCCCAACUCCUUGGUCUUAGUUAAUGGUUCGAGGUCAUCGAGUGCCAGCGGAUCAUAUGGGCACUUAUCGGCAGGAGCAAUCAGUCCUGCUUUCAACAUGCAUCCCGAGCUCCACCUUCAGCAGCUCCAGGCUCAUCUAAUGAGGAGCGCCGGUUCUUUACUACCCUUACCUCCUGCAACCCCUACACAUUCAAUGUACUCUCUAGGACAUCACCCUCUACAUGUUUCUUCACCUCACAACAUUUCCAAGACUGAUUCUGUUAACGAUAGGAAGAAAGCUGAGACUGGUACUUUAACACAAUUAGAUUCUGACGCUCAAGCAAGAAAAAUUAAAAUUAAAAAAGAACCGACCAACGCUGGAAAUGGAUCAUGUGGAACGAAUGAAGGACAGAACGACCAAACGGAUCUCAAAGACGAACCGGGAGAUUUCAUUGAAACGAAUUGUCAUUGGAAAGACUGCGCUACGGAAUUCCAAACUCAAGACGAACUGGUCAAACAUAUCAAUAACGAUCAUAUACAUGCCAACAAGAAAUCAUUCGUCUGUCGAUGGGAUGGGUGUUCACGGGCCGAAAAACCGUUCAAAGCUCAAUACAUGCUCGUCGUACACAUGAGAAGACACACUGGGGAAAAACCACACAAAUGCACGUUUGAAGGUUGUGUUAAAGCAUACUCCAGACUAGAGAACCUAAAGACACACUUGCGAUCUCAUACGGGGGAAAAACCAUACACUUGUGAAUAUCCCGGUUGUUCCAAAGCUUUUAGUAACGCAUCAGAUAGGGCCAAGCACCAAAACCGAACACACAGUAAUGAGAAACCUUACGUGUGUAAAGCGCCAGGAUGUACAAAAAGAUACACCGAUCCGAGUUCCCUCAGAAAACAUGUCAAAACGGUUCACGGUGCGGACUUUUACGCCAACAAGAAACAUAAAGGAGUUGAUGGAGGCUCUGAAGACGGUGCUGCUGGUUUAGACUCGAGUCCUCGAAGUGAAGAUAUGCAAAGUCACAAAACGGCCAGUCUCAGUAGUCCAAGUAUUAAAUCUGAGUCGGAUGUUAACUCUCCUGGACAUCAGCAACAAGGAAGUCCUCUUGGAGCAACGCAAUUGGCUGGUGGUUGUAAUGACGACUUUUCUACUGAUAUGACAACGACUGUACAAAGAAAUGGUCCGAUGGACGAUCCUGCUUGGCCUUACGAUGCCGAGGACUUAGAGGUUGAUGAUUUACCGGAUGUUUUACGAGCGAUGGUUGGAGGAGGGGUAGCGGUUAGUGAAAGACAUCCUAGGACUAGAAUGAAGCCGCGGUUACAAACCAAACCUCUUUCUAGUAUGACGUCGAUGUCACCUGCUCAACGUAAAAAUAUAGGAAUAACAGAUCUUAACAGAAGAAUAAAUGACCUGAAAAUGGAGGGUACCGUUAGUGGCCCUCAAAAUAAGACACAAUUUACCGACUUGCAACAAAGGUUGCAACCGCCGGGCAAUACUCAAGCUCAAAUAAGAAGAGACAGCAAUUCGACGGUCAGCUCAUAUUACGGUAGCAUGAGGAGCGCCGACAUGAGUAGGAAAAGUAGUUUGGCAUCUCAGGCUUCAAGUAUGAGACCUGGUGUAACGCCAGGGUCAUUCUACGAUCCUAUUUCGGCUGGAAGUUCACGACGAUCAAGUCAAUUGUCUACCGCAACUACCGGAGGAACCUGUGUACCACCAACACCUCCAUCACAUUUGCUUGCAGGACAGCUGCAGAGGUUGCAAAAUGUCCCGACUAAAAUCACUGGUGGAAAUGGAAACUUAGUACUACAAACGCAAAACGUAUCUCUUCAACAGACUGCCCUACAACAAAGCUGGAUGACCAACAGCUUUGUUGAAAACAUUCCAUCUUCAAACACGACGGCUAGUACAGACACAAGAAGAAUGUCUGAACCUUGUCACACUCUCACGGAUCGCAAAAGCCCUCCACCAAGACCAGCAUCAGUUACUCUUUCUCCACUCAAAGGGACCGUUAGUUCUUCAGAGCUUCACCCUAAUCAGGCAGUCGUGUUAGAUGAAGUUGGAGAAGGAGAAAUGGUUGAGAAUAAACUAGUGAUACCGGACGAAAUGGUCCAUUACCUGAGUCAAGUGGCUGAUAAUCAAAACAACGACUUUAGUACAGCUAUGAGUUGGUCGGAAACAAACCCAAACACUACAGUACAAAAACCUUUACCAAGUCCAAGUCAGACGUUGUCUUCCCCUUCAAAUUUGAGUCAGAUAUUACCGUCACCUUCUUCUAAUUUAAACCAAGGCUUACCAUCACCUCAGAGUCGGAAUGUGUUGUCACCCUCUGGAAUUUUGCCAUCUCCAAGUAAUUUGAACCAAGUGAUGCCAUCACCUUCAGGUUUGAAUCAGAUGAUGCCCUCGCCCGGUAACCAAGUUACCCCAAUGAUGCCAUCGCCAGCACCCACUAUGAACCACAUGAUGCCAUCCCCAGCUGGUAAUUUCAACCAAAUUAUGCCGUCACCUUCAUCGAAUUUUGGUUCUAUACAAAACCCCAUGCUUUCGCCAGCGCCCAGUAUGAACCAAAUGGUGCCCUCACCUGCGUCUAACAUGAACCAGAUGAUACCGUCCCCAAUGUCUGUGAGGUGUCAUUCUCAGUUAAUGUCGCCCGGAACUAACCAAAUGCCUAUGCAAAGUCCAAAUCCUCAAGUCGUACCUCAGAAUUGCAACAUGAUGCAACACAAUCAAGUGAUUCAGAAUGGCGUAAUGUUGCAUAAUAACCAAAUGAUACAACAGAAUCCGUGCUACAGCCGACAAAUCAACCAUGGGUUGUGUUACGUUCAGCACGGGUCGACAUGGGAUAACAAUCAGAGCCGUCAGUGCCACAAUCAAAAUAUGAUGACGCAACAAAACGAACACCACAAUGUUUGCCAUUCACAAAAUCCCAACAAUGAUUACAACUGCAGGCAACAAUUGCAAGUUAAUAACAGCUACGUGGGGUCAGGGAUGUCGGGAGGAUCUGUUGCCCAGUGUACGAAUCACUACAAUCAGAUGUGUAGUCCAAAUGGUUACGUACCUAACGGGUGCCCAUCAAACAAACCCAUGAAUAGUUACCCUUGCAACACUAAUGUAUAUCCACCGAUCCAAAGUCCAGCAUAUAACUGCAUGCCCAGUAUGAAUGAACCGCUGCCAUCUCCUGCAAUGGCGACACCUGCGCCCACUGACAUGAUGAACCAACCCCAACAAGCACAAAUGAGCCGACCAUGCGCUCACUAUGGUCAAAACUGUUAUCAGCCUUCAUACAAUCAGUGUAUGCCAAAUAAUGUACAAAAUCACGUGCAGAACUGUAAUAAUUGUGCCAACUGUCGGAAUCAGUCACACAAGUGUUACCACCAAUGCAGAAGUAACAGUGAAAUACAGUGUAAGGAUAUCAGUCAGUCGCAAAUGUCGCCUGGUAUCACGGUCAACCAACAAACCCAAAAUACUGGAAGUACAAACGGUCCAACGGUACAACCAUUGGGGAUGAGACAAGACGCAUAUCAAAGGACGUUGGAAUAUGUCCAGAACUGUCAGUCGUGGGUUACGAAUUCUGACAUGGUUAGCAGCAGCACACACCCAUUAGGAAAAUGCUCCGAUACCACAAGUUCAAAUAUGGUCGUUAAUGAUAUGACUUCAUCGCUCAGUUCCUUAUUAGAAGAAAACAGAUAUUUACAAAUGAUUCAAUAGUUCAAAGACUGUCAGGCACUUGGUGUACUGGCCGUAUAUCAUGUAAUUUUGUAACUGUAUUUUAAAUUUUAAGUACAGAUUCAAGAGUUUGUAUAAAAUGUACAUUGUGAUAUUAAAUUUGUAAUUAGUUUUUGAGCAAUAUAUAAAUAGAGAAGGCUUUAAUGUUGUAUAUUAAUAUCGUGUAUAAAUUUAUAAAUAUGAUGGAAGCAAUUUAUUUAUAAUAUUGUAAUAAUUAGAGGUCUAUGAUCUCACUUCACAUAAGGCCAUUUACUGCCAUGUUCAUAUCAGACAAUAAGUACACAUAUUUUAUUGAAGUAAGUUUGUAUAUAUGUUAGAUUUAGAAGUUUAUUUUGUAUUUGCUAUAGAAGAUUAUUUAAUAAAUG